AUGUAUCGAGUCGAGAAAGAGCGUUCUAGAUCUUCACCGCUCGCGACCUGUAUUUUGCCACUUUUGUCGAUCGAGGAAGCUGAAGUGCAAUCGGCAAUUCCCUUGCUCUAA